UAAACACGUCAGUAUGCGCAUUUCAUGUUAGUGAAACGGUCUGCGACUCAUGAGCCUUCGUCGUCCAAUCAACAAUCGGCUGUUUCGUAUGUGUUUGUGCGUUCUGUUUGUUUCCUUGCGAUAUGCGAUGCUUUUUAUUUGAUCCCUAUCCGAUGCGAGAAUCCGAGAACAGUGUUUUAUGAUCUCCGACUAUCUAAUCAAAACGUAUUUUAGUGCAGUGCAGUGUUUUUUGUGUACAGUUUUUUUCCGAAACUACAAAAAGAUAACCAAAAACUGAAGCCGGUUUUCUACCUGUCAUCCUAUUUAAACAUCACAUCAGCUGAUUCACUUUUUGUUUACAUCUAAAGAAAAGAGAGACUCUAUAAGAUGAAAACGCUUUAGAGAAAAAAAUGUGCACCAAUAAACAAAAAAUUAGACGGUUGCACCCUUUAAAAACAACCAAGAAGUUAUAAGAUCAGUUCCAGUUCAUUAUUGGUUUCCUAGGAUUGUAGGUUAGGUAGGGUAGGACAGUGUUGUGUUGUGUUGUGCAAACAUAAACAAUGUUGUGCCUCAAAAAAGGCUACAGGGAUGAGCUGCUCCAGCUUGCUCUUAUUAUCAGUUUACUCAGGGUAAAUCAAGAUUCACUAUUUGAUUAUGAUAUGCUUGAUGGUGCCGACGAUCUUGAUUAUAACAAUGGCACUACAUGGCGAAGUUCAAUUACACCUACAGUACUUAGAAGUCACUAUGUUAAUCCAAAGAGCCUAGACGCAGUUUUACUCAAUUACGAACGAGAAUUAUUUGAUGAUUUGAAUUCUCUGGGAAGAUAUAAUAGAGGCGGUUUCAGACACCCUGAGGUACAUACCUAUCUACUAAACAUCGAACGAAGUGCUGUUGCAGCUCCCAAUCCUGAUGAUUUAAUACCACCUGCUGCUCAGAAUCUUGCUCAUAAUGCUACAGAGGAAAUUCUUCAAGAUGAUCUCACACCGACAAGCUCACCCUCUGACAACAUGGAACUCAGUCAAGAGGACAUGGAUCUUAUCGAGGUUCUGUGGAAGCAGGACGUGGAUUUGGGGUUCUCCUUGGAGCUUGCCAAACAAGAAGAACAGCUGAAAGAGAAAUCCAAAUUAGCAAAUGACAUUUUCAAAGAUGGCGCCGACCCGUCCACUUCUUUGCUGCUUGAAGAAGAUGGAAAAGACUUCGAAGGAACUAACGACAAAGAAAUUAAAGAAGAAAAGGCAGAGAAUGAAGCUCCCGAGGAGGACAUAUGGGCAGGGGUUGACUAUACCAUCGAUACCGAAACUGGAGAGUAUGUAAUAAAAGAAGAACUAGGAGGGACAAAUGCUUCAUGCGGCUUAGACGACCUCGCCCUACCCCUGCCAGAGUUUCUCCUCGAUGAAGCUCUACGUUUGGUCGAACUUGAUGAUGAAAACUCUCAAGAGAACGAUACCUCAGGACUACUAGCAGGUCUUGAAGGUCUCGAAAACAGCACCAAAAAGGCGGCUAGCCCAUCAUCAACAUCGAUAAACACUAGCAGUGACUUAGGGGAAGAUUUUGAUAUAUUUGCCGACAUGAUUCAAACGCCGCAGUUCCAUCACCCCCACCAUAGGGCUGCAUUUCAAAGUCGCAUGCCCUUUGUUCGCACUGUCAGCAUGGAGCAGCGCUGGCAGGACCUGGCAAAUUUAUUGAGCCUCCCUAAUCCCGGAGAGAUACACCCCUUCGGUGCUCACCACGCCCUUCCUAAUUACGGACACCCCCAUGCGCACGCACACGCCGCUGCUGCCUAUGAUGCCAGGGGCGUACUUUUGCAUAAUGCCACUCUACCCACCCCUAUGGGAGAUUUGAACAGUACUUCACCUUAUGGAAAUUUAGGUGGUACCAUUAGUAACGCAGUAGCCACAUCAAUGAAUCUUACUAAUAGCAGCGAACCAAUGGGAGAACCUAGUUCAGCUCAUCACUACAAAAUGGAAUCAUCCAAUGAUAUGAUGUAUUAUCAGAACGGUUCCGAAUUCGCCAACAAUCAAACUGAUGGAUUCUUAUCCAAUCUACUAAAUGAUGAAGACUUGCAGCUUAUGGAUAUGGCAAUGAACGAAGGGAUGUACACGAUGCGGAUGCUGGAAAGCAACAAUGCUGUGAGCAAUUUGAGUAUGAACAGCACAGGAAGUACAACAGUAAUGUCCAGACACGAUAUGGACCGCGUGGAUACAUCUAGUGAUAGCGCUGUCAGCUCAAUGGGCUCCGAAAGGGUCCCAUCCCUCUCCGAUGGAGAAUGGUGCGAUGCCGGUUCCGACUCUGGACACACAACCCAAUCACAGGAUUAUCAAAACAAAUACCGCCCGUUUGGUUACAGCUACCCUAAUAGAUUGUCAGAAAAUGCUCGUAUGCCUCCGGUACCCCAAAAAAAGCAUUUGAUGUAUGGAAAAAGAUUCCAUUCUUCUGGAUUUUCUGAAUACAGAGACACUACUGCUAAUUCGUUCCAACCACAAAACGUAAACCGAGAAAAAGUACCAGAAAUCAAGUACUCCUGCUCUGCAGAAUUCACCCAUUUGCCUAGAACCCCAGAGAGUCAUGUUCAACAUAACCAUAGCUAUCACUUGCCUGCUGAAAAUUCCGGUGUCAUGCAAAGACCAGUUUCCAGAGAUAAGGGCAAAUCACGCAAAUCAGAAGAAUCAGAACAUUUGACUCGAGACGAAAAACGUGCGAGAGCAUUAAACAUUCCCAUUACUGUUGAUGACAUUAUUAAUCUUCCCAUGGACGAAUUCAACGAACGACUUUCCAAAUAUGACCUUAGCGAGGCUCAGCUUAGCCUCAUUAGAGAUAUUAGGAGAAGGGGCAAAAACAAGGUUGCUGCACAAAAUUGCAGAAAAAGAAAAUUGGACCAAAUUCUCAGUUUAGCCGAUGAAGUCAAGGAGAUGAGAGAUAGAAAAAUUGCCCUUCUUAAUGAACAUAAAUAUUCUAUUGCUGAGAUGAAACGUAUGAAGGAUAAAUAUCAACAACUGUAUAGACACGUCUUUCAGAAUUUACGUGACCCUGAUGGUAACCAGUACUCGCCAUACCAAUACAGCCUCCAAACAGCAGCAGAUGGAUCAAUUUUGAUGGUAAGGCGAUCAAACAGCACCAUGAGCACCAACGAACGAAAAGAGCCACCACAAAAAGACUAAAAAGAAAACGUUAAAUUUAGUACAUCGCUUAGAUUUCUUAAGAAAAAAAAUUCGUAACAGUAAAUUUUCUGGAUAUCUGCUUUUUUGGGAAUUUAUUAAACAGAGACUAUAGACCGCUGAGGCAUAAUUGUAUAAAAAGAAUUAUCGUUGGGUUUGUUCAUAGAUUUUUGGGUAUUUGAUUUUUAUUAGGGAUUCUCUCAAAACUCAGGCAUGAUUGUACUAAAAUAAUUAACUUUUCAAGCACGAUUGUCAAGCUUGCAGUCAGUUACGUGUGUAGUGACCAUAAUGGGUACAUUCAGGCCAUGCCAAAUACUUAGUUCCGCCAACCAGGACUUGUUUCAAUUAGCGCCUCCGAUUGUUUGGAAUGUGUGGGUGAUUAACAGGCCAUCAAAAAUCACAAAAAUUGUAGACCGAACCUCAUUGAUUUUAUCGUUUAGUACAAUUGAUUAUACUAUAGUAUACAAAUUUCGAGGUUUGUUUCUUAAUACAGACAGGACCAGGGUACUAGUAACAUAGGCUGCAAUGGGACCAGUUGACUGAUACCCAUUUCACUGUAGAAACGUCAUGGUAGAUCAUUGAUCGUCCCUGCGUGUAUUUAAAUUUAAAAAAAAAAAUUUAAAAAAAAAAAACAGCGCCACCUCGAUUCGCCUAAACUGAUUACUUAAACAAGCCUAUGUGUCUUGUAGCUUGGUCCGGUAUGUAGGUAGAAACGCAACAAGUUAUCACAUGCUGUCGAACAACUUUUAAGCAGCGCUCUAUUCAGCUUGGCUUCUCACUAAGCAGUCUUCGCCGCUGAGACUUUCUGAAUAUACCCAUUAUGUCACUGUUGGCCACUUAUACUAUAAAUUUUUAUAAAACUUCAUAUACAAAUUUUUAGGAACGUGCCCUGCGAUGUUAAAAUUGAAUUGGUUAGAUAAUUCCAAUCACCAUUGCUGUUACAAAAAAAAAAGCAUUUAUUUUCUUGUAUUUUUUUUAAGUCGAAAGAUGCAAAAUGAUAUAUUUUUAUAUAAACAAAAUCAGGUGAUUUGAAAUGCCUUUUCGUAAAAUUUGUAAAUAUAUUGAUUAAGUAUAAAUAACUAAACGGUGUGGUUGACUGAAAUAUGCUUUUAGGUGCAAUAAUGCAUUAUCAAUAAUUGUCCACUUUUCUAUGUAAUUUCUACAUGAUAUAGAAGGUAUGCUCACGCUCUGAAGGUAAACGCAUCGCCAAUGGGAGUCUGUCUCCACUUCUGCCAUCCGAACACCUUUACACCUGUUUGGCGACAAAUUACGAUUAUUACACAUUAUCGUUUAGUAGGUAUAUUGUAUUUGCUCUAGAUAAUUUGGAGAUAAAAAAAAUAGUAUGGUGGCAUUUGGAGGAUGCGCAAACUCAUACCAAGCUCUUCACUCAUCUGAGUAUACUUUAUAUAAGUAUUUUAUACUUUUUUAUUUUGGACAUUUGAGUACGCAUAAACAUCAUAAGUAUCGUAAAAGAUACUUAUAUUGAUUUUAAAUUAAAGGAGGCUUAAAACAUUGUGUAGUUGAAAAAACUGGCAAAAGUUACUUUCAAUAAAUCUGCAUAUUGGCAUGUCCUUUUAUAUGGUCAUGUCAUACUAAAGGUUGAUUCAAAAGCACUCCAGUUUCAAACUUCAUGCCAUUUUUUUUUGUUGUUUCUUGGUUACCAUCACUUUUUGUUAUAAGGUGGUCAUCUGUUGACCUUCCGAUUUCAUUCUGUUUGUAGUGUUACUCAUUGAAGCAUGCUUUUUGAGUCACCCUUUAUGACAGUGGCGUGCAAUGAAAUAAUUUGUGUCUCAAUAAUGAAGAUUUAAAAAAAUAUCUAUUGCACAUGGUAUCAAUCCUUCCAUAUCACGUCACUAUAUGAAAAGUUAAUUUUCUUUUCGGCCUUCUCGAUAAACUUUCUUUCUAGUUUAUGGCGAAGCUCGCCAUAACAACCUAGGCCGGCUAUAUUAUAUUAUGUAUGUAUAAGUUUAGUAUAUAGUUUAUUGUGUAAAAUGUGGAUUGGUGGAAUAAAUUUAAGCAGCCUUGUGAUUUUCAAAAACCUGUCGGAAUGGACAGUUUCGUUCACCCUAAAAUGAAAAACCGUACUUUAUGAAAAUAAAUUAAUAUGAAAUAUUAAUUAAUUUUUGCAGAAUCAGUAGAUUAAUUUUUAUGAAAAACUUAGUUUUUGUAUAUUGUAAUUGUAGACCUAUAUUAUCUAGUUAAACCACCAACACUAUUGUGUCUAAACACUGGAAAAAGAUAAAUCUUGCAUUUUAUUUGAAAAGAAAAAAUGAAAAAUCAAUGAAGUCACAAAUAAUAUACAAUAGCAAAAUAAUAGCUUGAUGGAAGGUUUAACUACAUAUAUAUGUAUAUGAAAUUAACUUGUGAAUGUCUAUAGAAUAGUUAUUGGGAUUGUUAGCUUACAAGGCAAUGGUUUUUUUGGGCAAUCUGUGUAAUUGCUUAAUAUUACGACAUAUUUGUAAUGCUUUUAGUAUCAUACUUUUACUAUAUAGAUAGUCACCUAACGUAAACUUGACAUAGUUUUUAUGCUUCGUAAUCAUUCUGGAUAACCAAUACUUGGCAAAUUUGGCACCGAUAUAUGAAUUGUUCUUAAUUUUCGGUUUUAUUUCUACUAUUUUUUUUUAUUCGGUACCAAAACGCACAGCGAUCUCUUAUUAUAUUAUAUACAUUUUUUUUUUGGGAAAAAAUAUUUUUAUUUUGAGCAAAAUUUCUGAAGAUUGCUUAGGGUAGGUUUAUUUUCAUCAACUUAUGUUUUGUAUAUAAAAUUCAAAAAAUAUAGAAAUUUAAAACAUAUUAUUAUACCACCAUUU